AUGAUUUCUCCACGAAUUUAAAGUUCUAGUUUUACACCAAUAAAUACAUCUAAUGUCUUUACUUCUACUAUUAAUGAAGAUGCUCAAAAUACUAGUUUUUCAUCUUAUCAUGUAACUCCUAGAUAAGGAGCUACUCCUAGAUAAUUAUCAAGAAUAUAAGAAAAUAAUGAAUGUGAAGAUUCUAAAAUAUCAGAUACAGAUCCUUAAACUUAUAGAGAAGUAAUUAAAGAAUUGUCAACUUAACUUCAAAUGGCUAUAUUAGAAAAUCGAUAAUUAAAGGAUAAAAUUAAUGUAUUAGAAGAAGAACACAAUGAAAGCUUUUAAAUAGUAAACAAUUAAAAUCAAACACUUUAAGAUAGUAAUUUUACAUUAUAGGAAAAGAUUAAUAAUUUAUUUUCAGAAAUCUAAUAAAUGCAACUCUAAUUAGAAUAAAAAGAUUAAAAAUUGAAAGAAGUUAGAGAAAAUACAUUGUUUUUAAAUUAAUCAUCUGAUAAAAUGACUCAUUUGAUAGAUGAGAAUUAAAAAUUAAUAAAAAUUAUUGAAACAUAGCAAUAGGAAAUAACUGUUUAAAAAGAUGUAAUUAAAUAGUUUGAAAAAGCUUUAUAAGAUUCAAAAGGAAAAGUUGAAUUAGAUAUUAAUGAAAAAUUAAAUCUAAAAUCUAAAGAAAUUGAUUAAUUUAAAAUUGAAAUUGAUGCUUUGCAAUAAUAACAAUAAUAAUACAAAGAAUAAAUAAUGCUUUGGAGUUAAAGAUAUCAUUCUUUAGAUCAAAAUUAUUAAAUUUAAUAUUAAGAUUUAUUUUAAAAGUUCAACAUUAGUUAAAAUUAAUUAGCUGAAUUAUAAACUAUUUAUCAAACCUAAACAGAUAAUAGUUAAAGAAAAAUCUAAUAGUUAUUAUAAGAAUUAGAUAAUGCUAAAGUGGGAACUUUAAAAAAAUAACAAAGCCUUAAAAUUAAAUCAUUAGAAGACAGAAUUGAUGAAUUGGAAGAAUAACUGUAGAUUAAAAAAAAUUAGAUAUUAAAGCUUAAAGAAGAAUUAAUGGAAUAUUAAAAUAUAUAAAAAUUAGUUAAAUAAAGAGAUACAGAAAUAAUACCUGAUAAGAGAAGUAUAUAAUAUUUUUAAUUUAGUUGUCGAAGAUUAAAUAUCAGAAAAAUAUGAAUAAAGAAUACGUCAAUUAGAAGAUAAGCUACUAUAAUAAGAAUAAUCAAUCAUUGUUACCUAAUAAUAAUAAUAAUAACAUUUAUAAUAAUAAUAUUAAAGUGUACCAUAAUAAUAAUAAAUUUUAUUAGUUUAACAACAACAACAACAACAAUAAUAAUAAUAAUAAUAAUAAUAAUAAUAAUAAUAAUAAUAAUAAUAAUAAUAAUAAAUAUAUGAACAUAAUUACUAUGCAAGAACAAACGAAAAUAAAAAAUUAUAAUUAUUUUCUGAACGAAAGGAUAACUUAAGAAUGUAUUAUAGUUUUGCAAAAGAGAAUUAAUAAAUUGAAAAUAAAUAUCCUAGAACUGCUUUAAACUAUGGAAAUAAUUAUUGA